GCCAAAUAUAGUCAGACAGAGAGGCGCGGAACAACAUAAAAGAAAAUGUUCUGGCUUCUUCAUAUGGUGUGACGGCUGUGGCACAGGGAGAGAAGAAGCCUCCCACCAUCAUUCCCCUGCCACCGCCAUCAACGCGCAGAAUGGCUUUCACGAUGAAGCAGAUGUCCUUGAUUGUGGCGACUAUGGGCAUUUUGUCUUUCUUAUUUGGUGUCAUUGCGGAGAACAAGAAGCCACCAUCUGGGACCCCUAUUGCCGGAAAAGAUGUAGUCAUAUGCAAGUAUCCAUCUGAUCCAACUGUCCUCUUUGGAUCCCUGUCUGUUGCAUUUCUCGUCGCAUCUUCGGUGGCAGGCUACAUUUCUCUGUUUUAUCCUUACAAGGGGAAGUCUAUCCCACAAUCUGCUCUCUUCCACAGUACUACAUUCAUCGUAUUUUUCAACAUUGCUUUGUUUUGGACUGGACUAGCAGCAACAUUUCUUCUAUGGCCUACCAUCACUGAGCAUCUCCACCUGACGCGCAAUGUUCACCACGAUCUCAGCACCGAGUGUCCAACUGCAAAGACGGGUCUCCUUGGUGGCGGUGCUUUUUUCUCCCUCGAUUCAUCCCUGUUCUGGUUGGUCGCCCUUAUGUUGGCCAACAAUGCCCGUGAGGACUACUUUGGUGAAGCAGAUAGCAAGGACGAGGGUAACGCUGAUGACCUCCUCGUGAUGGACACAAAGGGGGAGUCAUUGUUUCCCGUCGUAUGAAUGUUAUUCGCCUCUUCUAUUAUGGAAAACUCAGAAAAGCGCCAUAAGUAUAUGAUUCGUCUCUA